ACUAGUGUGCUGCACAUUCGAGAUAGAUUCCUCUACCGUGUGGCUCUACGCCCCGAACCAUCUUUCCGCUUGUUGCUAAGGAGACAUAACUUGGGGUGUGUUCGUAAAUUCACUUUGGAGAGCUGAAGUGCGCUCGGGGCGUUCGUAAAUUCGUAUCGUUUCACUCUCGGAACGUACUGACCUCACAAAGGCAAUCAAGCACCCAAGCUAACUGGCUAAAGUUGGCUAGCUACUUCCAGACAUAAAUGAGAGAACUCCUCACUCUGACCAUUUUACUCGCCCUAGCAGUGCUGGUUAGGCUGUUUUCAUGUUAUCUAGAUCGUUGGUGACUAACAUGUCAUACUUAACGGAUGUUGCGCGUUCGUAAAUUCAUUAUUCAGCGCUCUGGCACACAGACGUGCGGUCUGAAAUCGUAGUCGAUAGCAAGAGUGAAUUUACGAACGCAACCGAAGUAGAUUUCCAGAACGAAUUUACGAACUCAACCCUAGAUAAAAAAUUUAAAAAAUGAAGGUCGGUGGUCAUACCCGCUUUCACUUGCUAGUUGAAACUCGGACAUUUCCAAAUUGCCGAAUAAUUGAACGCCGCACGUGUAUAACGACAACCAGUUAGUAAGKAAGACAUUUUCAAGUUUUCUAAAUCUGACAAGAACAUGAGCGCGGCAUUAUAUGGUUGUGUCACGUCCGAAGCGUCAUACGUCAUCAUCACCUGGUAUUGUUACGUCAACACGUUGUGUCGAAUCGAAGUGCUGYACCAGACAGUGAAUAUUAAUUUCAGGGUUAGCCAACACACCAUUUUGAAUCUGUGCUCAGAAGCUAGCUAGCUAGCUUAUCGUAGCAUUUCCAGUGUGCUAGUAGUGCUGCUAGAGAGAAGAAAUCAAGCUCCAGCAAUGUCAAUGUGGACGGGACUGCACAUGACAGCGCGUGCCGCUCAUGGAAUUCAUGUUUCCUCGCGAUUUAUCCAUAAACACACGCGACUCUGCACCCGUUGGUCCCGAAACAUCAGCACUGGUAGACCCGUGCAAAAUGAUUUCUUCAAAGAUCUCGAGAACCAGUUCAAAGCGUUCAGGGAGAAAGCGGUAGACGCCAUGCCUGGCAGUGACUGGACUCCGUUUGAGAAGAACCRCUCACUCCCCCCUGAGAGGGCGGACAUCGUGAUCGUAGGAGGUGGCGUGGUGGGCUGGUCCAUCGCCUAUUGGCUGAAGCAGAAAGAGAUGAUUCGRGACGGGGUGCGGGUGCUGGUGGUUGAGAGGGACCCCACUUACUCCCAGGCCUCCACGGUGCUGUCUGCUGGGGGGAUUCGACAGCAGUUCUCCUUGCCAGAGAACAUCCACCUGUCCAUGGCCUCGGCUGACUUCAUGAGGAACAUCAAUGAACACUUGAGUGUGCUGAAUGACGACCCCGUGGACCUGCAGUUUAACCACUCCGGAUAUCUCUUUCUGGCCAGUGAAAAAGUGGCUCAUAUCAUGGAAGAAAACUACAACACCCAAAGAUAUGCUGGAGCAAAGGUCGCUCUUCUUUCACCCACACAACUAAAGGAGAAAUGUCCAUGGAUCAACACUGAUGGAGUAGUGCUGGCUUCAUAUGGGCUGGAGAACGAGGGCUGGUUCGACCCCUGGAUGCUGUUGAACGCUUUCAGACGGAAGGCCAUCUCCAUGGGGGUCUACCAGUGCUUUGGAGAAGUCACAGGUUUUAGGUACACCACAAACACAAUGACUACUGCAGAAGGAGACAAGGUGGAUUUCAGGAGAAUCAAAUAUGCUAAUGUCCAGAUGCCCAACAGUCUGGAGUACCAGCCUGUGGAGUGUGCCAUCGUGGUGAACGCUGCAGGGGCCCUCUCCGGUAAGGUGGCAGAGAUGGUGGGCAUCGGGCUCGGCCCGAAAGACACCAUCGCUGGAAUCCCGCUACCCGUGGAGCCCAGGAAAAGGUUCAUCUAUGUGGUCCACUGUCCAAACGGGCCAGGGCUGGACACUCCCUUCCUCGUAGACUACUCUGGAGUGUACUUCAGACGAGAGGGGCUGGGAGGAAACUACAUUGCUGGGAUGUCACCAGAAGAGAGUCUGGGAAGCAGUCUUCAUUAUUUGCAACCCCAUCAGGAAGAGGAGCCAGAGACCAAUAACCUGGAGGUGGACCACCAGUUCUUCCAGAAGAUCUGGCCUCAUUUGGCCCACCGGGUCCCUGCCUUUGAGUGCCUCAAGGUGACGAGCGCAUGGGCCGGCUUCUACGACUACAACACCUUUGACCAGAACGGCAUCGUGGGCAUGCACCCGCUGGUCAACAACAUGUUCUUUGCCACAGGCUUCAGCGGGCACGGGCUGCAGCACUCGCCGGCAGUGGGUCGCGCCAUGGCYGAACUCAUCCUGGACGGGGGCUUCAAGACCCUGGACCUGAGCGCCUUCAGCUUCAAACGCAUCAUGACCAAUGAACCCAUGUUAGAGAGGAACAUUGUCUGAGAGGGAGAGUUAGACAUUUUUACGAAGGGAGGAAAGGGGAAUGCCAUGUCCCAUUCUACAGCCUUGUGGGAAAUAUGGUCUCGAAAUKAGUUUGCCAAAGUUUCUGGUAAGGUGAAUGGUGUCCUAUUAAUUUCUUCACUAAAGUGCAUGAGGGAGUAACCGCACAUUUCACAAGCUCAAUUCAGUGGUCUACCGGUGAGAYCAGAUGGCAGCGGCCUCAGCCAAAGUGCUUUGCACUUGAACACAGUCACCCAUCGCUUGGSAGUGCUCAGAACUCCGACCGCAAGAAUUAAAAAAUGGGAUGCGUCAGAAAUGCAUCUCAGGAACGAGUGAGGGACUUUGUGGGAUGAGGAAGAGAAGAGGAUAGAAGAAAGAGCCCUGACAGCAAACAUGGACUUCUGAAKUAAGCAUGGAAUUUAGGAUGCCCAAUAUCUAACCUACUGUACAAAGAAUAAGGUACUGACAUACAAUGCGUUAGCACAAUUAGAAAGGGUUUUAGUUGGAUUUGGGUUUUAGGGUUUUAGUUGUAUUGAAUGACUUGAUUAUGCAUCUUUAUUUAUUUAACCAUUUUAACGAGACAUGUCACUUUACUCUUGAUCACGUAAGCAUUCAACUGUAUUUGUAUAAAAAAAAAAGUGAAGUCGGAAGUUUACAUACACCAUAGCCAAAUACAUUUAAACUCAGUUUUUCACAA